AUGACAAGUUUCAUCACGAUACUCUCUCAAUUUGUGGUUUCAGGCACGAUUUACUAUCCGUCGUCAUCGAGCUUCCAUUACCGCGCGGAUCAGUGCCGGCAAUUGGAACGUCAACAAUGUUAUCGUCGUCUAGGGAGCAAGCAGGGGAGCAACGACAACGAUAGGUAUACUUGUCCAAAGUGCGCGAGGAGCUACCGGCAUUUGCAUCACAUGUUGCGCCAUUGUAAGUUCGAGUGUGGCAGCCCGCCGAGAUUUCAGUGCCCGUAUUGCGGGAUGAGGAGCAAGCAGUCCAACAACGUUUACAAGCACAUACGUAUCAAACAUCCAGGAUCGAAGCUCGAGAUCGUCGUGCUUCAUUACGAUCAGCUGUGA